AUGCCGCUUAAACGCACUCCCCCCUCUACCCCCACAAUUAAAGUGAUGGAUACGGAUACCCCCGUGCCGACCCCUACUACAUCUGAAUCUGAAAUAACUUUCCCGUUUUUGCGGCAAAAUUUGCAUCACUGCACGUCGGAGCCUACUUUGGCCAGAAAGACUUCGACAUCUGCGCGUAAGCGCAAACACGCGGAUUGUGACGAUGACAAAUUGUCUCUGUUUAUGGCGGAAUUGAAGGAUAUGAUAAAGGAACAGAACAACCGCUUGGAUAAGGUCUGUUCAACGGUUGAAGAUAUGCGUGCUUCGUUCGAAUUCCUGGCCGAAAAAUACGAAGUAAUGUUAAAUAGGAUCAACACAUUAGAAUCUGACCGUCUGGCCGAUGCCAAAUAUAUCAAAUCUUUAGAGUCCAAAUUGGAGAGUUCUGAACGUAGUGCGAGAGCGAGCUGUUUGGAGAUUAGAAAUAUUCCUAAACAACCCACGGAAAACAAGGUUUCCUUACUGGACACGUUUGUUAAAACCGCCCAAGUUCUGAAGGUACAUGUGGAGCGGCAUGAGGUCAAAGAUAUUUUUCGGGUAAAAUCUAAGGAUCUCCAAUCGACAACAGUCAUUGUGGAUUUAACUAGUUGCCUCUUGAAAGAAAAAAUUAUUAAAUCUUUUCGUAGCUUUAAUAAGGGGUCAUCUAAACUGAGUACGGAGCAUAUAAAUAUAAAAGGAGAUACGAGGAGAAUAUUUGUAUCUGAAAAUCUCACUGCAAGCAUGAAGCGGCUUUUCUUUUUGAGUAGAGAGCUUGCAAAAUCCAUAAAUUUUAAAUUCUGUUGGACCUCUCACGGAAAAAUAUUCAUGCGUAAAAAGGAAAAUAGUCCUCUACUUCAGAUAUACAGCGAAGCGGAUAUCAAUAAAGUGAGAGAAGACAAUAAGUGA